GAGCCGAAGUAUCUUUAUUCAGUGAGGCUACUGAAGUGUGGAUGAGGCAACCAAGACAAUGACCAUGGCAGUGGUUCUUCUCUGCUCACCUUCUCUUCUCCCACCUCGUCAUUUUCUCAGGAACCAGAGUAGAACCUUGCUAAGCGAGAAGAAAUGCAAGUUAAAAGAGAAGAUAUUGACUCGUUCAUGUGCUUCUUCUUCUUCUUCUUCUUCGAAACCCAAUUCACUAGAUGGGUUUUUCAGAAGGGAUUUCGUGCUCUUUGGUCUAUCUUCUUCCAUAUCUAUUUUCUUUCCAUCUUUGGGGUCCCUUGCAGAGGAAGAUCUAAGAAUGGACUCUUUGGUUGAUGAAAUAAAUGCUUAUACUUAUUUAUACCCAGUGGAGUUGCCAUCUAAAAAGGUCAUCUUUAAAUGGGUAGAAUCCAGAAAGCCAGAACGAUAUUCAUCAGCUGCACCAUUGUCUCCUGAUGCACGCCUGCGCAUUGUGUCUGAGCGUGUUGACAUUAUUGAUAACUUGAUCAUUUCGGUUAUGAUAGGUCCCCCAAAUUUUCAGUUCAUAAAAUCUAAGGACAAGGGUACCUGGACUGCAAAAGAUGUUGCCGAUUCUGUUUUGUCAGGCAAGUCUGCGCUGCGAGUCACCUCAAGUCAGCGAUUGGCUGAGAGUUCAGUUCUUGAUACCCAUACCAGUGUAACUGAUGGUGAACCAUACUGGUAUUAUGAAUACCUUGUACGCAAGUCACCCACAAAAUUUGCUCAAGAGUCAAAUCUUUAUCGGCAUUAUAUUUCUUCAACCGCUGAACGAGAUGAUAUGGCUUCUCCAUUUUCUGGACUUCUAUUCACUCAUAAGGAACUUAAUUGCAGGUUAUCUGUAUACAAUAAAUGCUUCAACUCUUGGCAAACAGUGGAACAAGAUGGGGCCUUUCCUGGAGAAAACUGUGGCUUCAUUUCGCCUUCUCCCUCCCACAGAUAGUUAUGUACCUCCAUAUAAGGAUCCGUGGAGAUUUUGGUGAACAUAUUUCUUUUAAUUCAUUUGUCAUUGAUCCUUAAUGUUUUCCCUCCUUCACAAUAGUUUCAAAUUCAAUAGACAUGUCAUGAGUUUUAUUCUUUUACUUGAUAAUGUUAAAAUUACAGUGUUCUCUCA